AUCAGACGUCAGGGAGUCAAGAGCCCUCUCUCUCUGUCUCUCUCACUCUCUCCCUCCCUCUAUUUCUCUCUCGCUCGUCGGAUAAUUCCCGGCCGGGGCUGUUUUGCUUCACUUCGUGAAGCACUGAACCCAAAGCAAGUGAAUCUUAAGUGACUUGUCUUUCUGUGGCUUGAAAAAGAAUAAGCGAACGAAAAAUUUUUGGGUUGAAAUUGGUGCAUAGGAUGUUGGCCUCUCCCAAACAGCCGAGACGUGACUGGGAGUCCGGGGAGGAAGGGUCGCUAAUCGGAAGAGGGAUCAUAGACGAGAUGGAGAAUGAAGCCCAGAACUUGUCGUUCUUCAGUAAGCUCUAUACCCUCACUCAGAUGUUAGGUAUCUUGUGCGUGUCAUUAAUUGGCGUGUGGAUCGGUGUGUUCAGGGGAGGUUUUGCCUGGCGCAGUAAUCCUGGAAAAGAAUUUAACUGGCAUCCAUUUCUUAUGGUCCUUGGCCUUGUCUUCCUUUAUGCUAAUGGAGCGUUAAUAUACCGUGGCUUCCGGUCCGAGAGAAAGAAGAAGUUGAAGAUUAUUCACAUGCUGAUGCACUUAGGAGCCUUUAUAUUUUCUGUUAUAGGAUUAGUAGCUGCUUUUGACUCCCACAACUUAGCUGAAAAGCCAAUUGCCAAUAUGUACAGUUUACACUCUUGGCUAGGCUUGAGUGUUGUCAUUUUGUUUGCGUGUCAGUGGGUGUUUGGUUUGUUAACAUUCCUGUUUCCUGGACUUAGGCCUUCUGUCCGGGCAGCCUAUUUACCUGUUCAUCAGUUUUUUGGCCUGCUCAUCUUCAUGGGCGCAAUAUGUGCUAGUCUUUUAGGCCUUACAGAGAAGGCAAUAUUUGCCUUGAACUUCGGUCCUGGACCAAAAUACAGUGAGUUCCCAUCAGAAGGGAUUCUCGUGAAUGUGAUUGGGCUGCUCUUGCUCUUUUUUGCCGGAAUGGUGGUCUACCUUACGUCGAACCCCCAUUUUCGCCGGCAGACCACCGAAGACGAGGUCCUGCUCACAGACACUGUUCUUGAAUAGUUUUGGACGUUUUGUAGCAGAAAUUUUUUAAAAAUCUCACAAGCUUUCUCCAAAACUCUGCUUUACUGCUAAUGUUGUCAUUGAUUAUUUUGAGUAGAUAAUAAGAUAUCGCACAUUACUAAGCAAAUGCGUGAAUGAUUACAAAUACGUAUAAAGGUGUAUAUGUGUGUAUCAUAUAAAUAUAUAUAUAUAUUUAUAUAUAAAGUGUAUAGUACCCCAGUAACUUGAGGUCACAAUUCUUCCAAAUACCAUCUCACAAAACUAUGAAAAUGACUAGUUGUAUUGGAAUACUUGAAAGAAGAUAAAUAUAACAGAAGUACUCAUGACUAGGAAAAUAUAGUUUUGAGCUUGGCAAAUAUUGAAAUAUGUGCUUUUUAUAAAUACAUGUCCAUGUGUAGGUUGUUUUGUAUAUAAUACACUGUACAUUUACUUCACUCAAUUUGGUUAAGUAAGAAUAGGAUUAAGUCUGUUUCAUUACUGGAACUUUAUUCAUAUUUUUUUACUUGUUGCUAUAGACGAUUAGUCCUGGUUUUCUCUAGCUGCUUAGGAAUAUUUUUAUUUAAGUUUUUAUGUAUUAUUCACUUCAGUGUACACUACUUUUGAUAUUUAGUUCAGUAGAAAGGACAAUUAACUCGAUUCAUAUAAUAAUUUUUCUUUGCAUUUAUUACAAUUAGUAAUUUUUGCUAUAUUUUGUACAAUCUUUGUUUUCUUGAAGAACUGAAUGAAUAAAUCCAUUACAGAGAAGUGAAAGAUAAAUCCAUCGUUUUAACACUGUUGUUUAUGGCUCUCUGAAGAAUUUAUUGUCUGUUGUUUCCUAGACACAGUUGUAGUGAGACUAACUGUUUUACAGUGAAUUAUCUUGGAAGUAAAAUACAGUAUUUGUUUGACAAUGUUGCCACAGUUUCAUUGUAUGACAGACAAACAAGUAGAAUUGGUGCAUUCACCUGUAGUGAUUGCUCUCGAAACAUAAUGACAUUAAACAUAAUAAUAGAGGUUGUUCACUUGCACUUUUUUUUUUUUUUUUCCAACUUUUAAAGACCUCAUGGUACUGGGUCCCUACUAUACAUUUGCAUUAUAUUUAUGCAUAUGUAUACCUUGCACAAAUGAUUUAUAUGUGUAUUUAUCAAGGUUUGCGUUCCGAGAGGCAUUUAUUAGUAAAGCAGAAGUGGUAACAGGUUUAAGAGGGUUUAAAUCUGAGUUAGAAAUUGUCCCCUUGGGAAAAAAAUUCACCAGAAUUUUUAAUUUUUUGAUAAAGAAGAUUAUCGUUAAAAUAUGUAAGAAUAUUUGAAUUUGUUAUGCACUUACAAGUUCAUUUUCUGCAGGUCUAUUUCAGCCUAGAUCAGAUUAUGGCAUUAUGUUGCUAGCGGGAAAAGUGGUAGGCGUUUAUAUAAUAGUAUGUUCAUUGCAUUUGGGCCUUGUGUUCCAUAGCUAGAAAGUUUUAUCUGAAUGCAAGUGCAUUUGAAAAAGUAGACUAGCCUCUCUCUUCUGUGGAUACUUGUGCAAAUGACUGAUAACAUCACCCAGUCAGAUUUCUCCCUUAUCGAUAUUUGAUUCUAUGUUUGUCCAAGUUGACUGGUAAUGUGAGCAGAUUUGCUUGAGCUGCCUAUUCAUUUUAAAUUUUAGCAUUGGUAGGAUGAAUAUAGGAGGAUUUAUCAAUCAUGAUGAGAACAGUUUGUUACAAACAGACAAAUGUCCAGCAUAGUAUUCCUUUCUGCAGACUGUGGACUGCCAUCAGUAUUAUUAUGGGUCAUUUUUUUAUUUCACUGUAAAAACAGCAACGGUUACUUCACAUUUAAAUUUUUUAUAGGAUUAUUGAGAUGACCCAACAGACUUAUAGAAGCCAUGAUUUUCCAAUACCAAAACACAGUAGAUUUAAUAGUCUUCAGGUAACAGGCACUUUUUGUCCUUGGGAACCCUCAAGAAUUAUAUGUUGUACAUGACAUUUUGGAAAAAUUUGGGCAUAAGAGUACACUUUUGGACAUAAUAAAGAGUACCCAUUGUAUUUUGAAUACUUAUCGUCCAUACGUUUGUAUUUUCAGAGGCCAAAUUACCGAAGGAUAGUUCAGAACUGGUAGAGUGCCAUCAGCACGAGAUGAAUGAUCAGUUCAUACUUUUGAGUAAGUGUUGUGAAAUGAACUUGUACUUAACCACUUAGUUUCCUUGGGGAAUGGUGCACAAAAUAUAUAAUUGCAGUUUUUUUUAUACACAAAAAAGGAUGACUCCUUGUAAGACUUCAAGUUUCUCUGAUAAACCAGAUUUUAAAUGGAGAAAUAAACACUUUUUAAUAUAAAAAUAUAGUUGCCAUCAGAGAACGGAUAGAAGCUAUUUUUAUAAGCACAGUUAUUUUCAUUUUGUUAUGAAGGGUAUUACUUUCACUUAUAGAUGUAAUUAUUGUGAAAGUACCUUAGUAAAUAUACUGUCAUUAUUGUAAGAAAAUGAAGUCUGAAGGUAUUGCUCUGUAAUAAUUGAAAGCAAGUUGUAGAAAUGAGAAGGAAUAUGAAUGACAAGCAAGAGAGGAAAAAAAGACUUGCAAUGAGACUGAUUUUACAGAUAGGAAGACCACUCAUGUGGUCAAUUGUAUUCUUGACUUGACUCAGUUUGCUGAGACUGGCACAGAUAAAAUGUAGAGCAAUGGUGUGCACUGCACUGCAUAGACACUUUAAAACUGUGUGCAACAUGAGUACAACACUUACUAACACUUUAUACCUUGACCAUGAACAAUGUUUAUAACUCACAAAAUGGUAAUAGUAUGUAUGUAAAAUGGAACACCAAGCAUUCUUUUAAAACAUGUCAGGUAGGUCUUUUGAGGUUAGGUAAUAUUUUUUUUUACCCCUGAUAAACUUUGGGAUGUAGUGAUGUUACAACUAAAGAGUUCAUGAAUCGAAGAAUCUUCCUCCAGAUAUAUCCUGUAUGAAUACUGGGAGGCAGCCAUGCACUAUAAUGUACUGUCAGUAUAAAUCUGUCUUGAGUGCAUUUAUCACCUGAUGGAAUUGGACAGGUUAUUUCACCAACAAUUACACCAUACACAUAACAAGAAGCACAAUUGGUGUUGUUGUAAAAUUAGAAUUUUGCCACAAGCAACCUUUGUGCACAAUGAUUAACAUUAAAAUAUUUUAUUGUUAAGUAAUGAAAGAAGCAUCACAACCAUUUACAUUAAAAAUACUGCAGAAAAAAAAUGUACAAUUUGUAAUUUUGUACAUUACAUUUCAAGUAGAAUGACAGUUUCUAUUCACAAUGGUGUUGGCUUCUUGUAUGUUUAUCUAAUUUAUAGUAUUCGCAGCUAUUUUAUGUCAUAACCACACGGCUAUUUAUAAGUAUACACUGCACGUCUUAAGUGUACAAACUCAAAAUUCCCUCUCAGAGAAGGGCCUACUAUAUACGAUAAUUACCAUUUUAGUCAAGUCAUAAAUAUAUAAUCUUAAACCAACUAUCUUCUCUGCACAUAUCUCAAUAUUUUGACAGCUGGAAAUCUGUUGGCAUUACCAUUUACAGUUUUAUUUAGAUAAAAGUAAUUGGGGUCCAGUUUCCACAUGAUAAGCUUCUGUAAUUUAAAUAUUUUAACUGUAAGACAGAAGAAUCAUAUGUUUAUAAUCGCUUAUUAUUACCAAGUUAAACACAUACAUUCAUGCACUUGCUGGAAGGAAAACUACUAGAGAGAGGAACAUUACUUUUUUGUACUACUAAUAUAUAUUAGAGAUUUAUUCAGUACAUUAAUAUAAAUCUAUUAGGAAGACCAGAUUUUCUGAAUUUAGAACGCCUUAUAAGGAGGUCAUGUUCAAGGUCAGUGUAAACCUCUAAUGCAAUUUUUCUUUGUAUAGUUUCCCGUCAGAACACACAAACAGGUUUAAAUUUCAGUCAGCAAUACUGCCAUGCUGAAAUUAUUUCAAAAUGUUUUGUAGAAAUGGCCAUUAUGCAGUUUUCAUUUCCUAUGCUAUUUUUCAUAAAAGCCACUAUAAUGGGAAAGCAGUGUGGGUUCUGUGUAGCCAUCUCUGUUAUUUAAAACUGAAUUGCAAUAUAUGUGGUAAAGAGCUGGAAAUGAUUAUAAAAAUACAGUAUUUUAGGGAAUGCAUACCAGGUGAAAUUUUGUAUCUUAAUGUUCUAUUCUCAUGCAUCCAAGCGACCAUAUCCACGUCAUAUCGUUGUCUAAGAUUUUAAGUAGCUGUAAUGAAAUGAGGCUAACAAGGAAAUGAAGGUUAUACUGUAGACCUUAUUUCAUAGUUGCAGAUAUCUCUCUAGAGUAUGUCUCUCAUUUUCUGAACACCUUUCAUAAUUGCUCUGUAAUGAAUACAUUUUGUAAUUUUACCAAUACAGCCCUUUUGCAAUACAUUCCAGACUAUGAUUAGGUUAUCUAUCAGUAAAUUUAGUUACUGGCCAGUUGAAAUAGGUUGUUUGAUUAAAAAAAAUUCAAUUUUUUGUGGUGCUAAAUAUGUACAGUUAUCUAUGUAUACUUUUUUUUUUUUUUUUUUUUUUUUGCUGUUCAGUUUAUCACACACAACUUCACUGGCAUUGUUGUAAUCAGAUUUGAUACUGACUUAGUUCCUAAGAAAAAGUGAUUAGAGUUCCUAAGAAAGAAAGGUAAAUUGUAUGUACAAUGUUUUUUGUUUUAGAUAUUUACAAUAUGUUCUGCAAAGAUACUCUUGUCUCAUUUUGCAUGAAAAACUGUUCAGCUGUAUUGCUACGAUCUUACGUUAAAAUAUUUUGUUACUCCUAUUUAGCUACAGUGUAUCUUCAGUGUUUUGACGUAUACUAAACCAGAGCUCUCUCUAUCAAAAAGAUAUUUCAUCACAUACUAUGUUUGUGUACAAGCAGUCCCCGGGUUACGACGGGAAUUCAGUUCUUGAGACGCGUUGUAACCCGAAAAUCGUCAUAAGACAGAACAUCUUCAAAAAUCCUAAGAAAACCUUACAUUUAAUGCUUUGGGUGCAUUCAAAACUAUGUAAACUGCUUUCUUAUUGCAUUUUUAUCCAAAAAGCCUUCAAAUAUUGAUUAUUUAGCAUUUUUGGUGUCAUAUUUCUUCUACCAGAUGAGCGUUGUAGGCGUCAUAACCCAGGAAAGAAUUUCUGAUGAAUAUAAUUGAAAAGCGCCUUAACCUCUGAACGUCGAAACCCGGGGACUCCCUGUAUAUUUCACAUUCAAGGAGUGCUGUAUAAAACUGAAUGCGGAGCCCAAAUCUAGUCAUUAUUAAUGAGGGACGGCUCCUUCCACUCGAAAGUUACGAAACGGCCCAGGUUGUUGACGUGCAUACCGUCGUGUAAUAUGGAUUUAACGAGAGCAGGGUAACAGACUGUAUAUCCAUGUAGCAUUUGGCUGUGUUAUAUAAGUCUGGCUAUAUAAUAACUAACUGACAGUAGGCUAGGUCACAUGAGUAGUGGUGUCACACCUAUAACUUCAUGAUUAUAAUGUGUCGCUGCGUACAAUAUUACAGUUGUGGAUUUUAAGAGGUAUUUUACAUAUUGAUGAUUAUUUUUUUACUCAUAAACAGCAUAAGGACUUACAAAAGAUUUAUGAUUGUUAUGAAUAUUUAAGCUGAAUUAUAUGUAUACAUAUUAGUCUGUGAAUACAAUCUCUCUUGCUUCUUGUCUAUACCUGAAUGCUGCGGUAGCUGGGAGAUUAAUGACAUACCUCCCCUCAUGUAAAAAGCCCAAAUAUAUAUUGCCAGUCUAGUUCCACAUUUGUAGAAAUGUUUUCCAUUUUGUAAAGAUUUGUGAACAGAGUAUUGAUAAGACUACUGAGUCACAUAAGGUUCCCAUGAUGCUUUGCACAAAGGAUUGGUUCUCAAAUGAUUUGUGAGAAUUUUAAAAAGACAAAGAAAUUUUAUACAUCAGUAGGAAGACCAAAUGGAAUGGAUCAAAAGUAAAAGGUAUUUUGAGCUUUUGAUUUGCCAUUUCCAUUUUAUGCAGUGAAUUGUUGUCAUGUUAAACAGAAGUUUGUACUUUUAUAUUUUUGUCCGUUCCUCAAGUCUUGUUCUGUUAAGGGUUACUCAACUAGCCUUUGGUAAACUGUUAAUUUUGCACACAAAAGAAUGACUUUGUUACCAUUGUGUUUUUAUUGUAAAGUAUUGUAAAUGUUAAGUAAUUUUUUCAUUAGUAAACAUUUCAUUUUGCACACAAAAGAAUGACUUCGUUACCUUUGUGUUUUUAUCGUAAAGUAUGGUAUAAAUGUUAAUUUUUUUUUUUAUAUUAUUGACGGUGCAUUUUAUAGUUAAAAGUAAGCUUAGUAUUCAUUUUUUCAUUCAGGUAAAACUAUGUCAGUUAACACAAGAUGACUACAAAUUUUAUGAUUUCAAUACUUUUUUCAAGUAGAAAUAACUGAUGUAUGUGCCAUCUUCAUGUUGCCAAUGUCACAUAUUAAUUACCCUCAUUUUCAGGACAUUUAUAUUUCUGUACUUUGUGUUUUCCCCUUGAGAUAAGGAUGAGGAAUGUGGUAAGAUUGUCUCUGCUGAGCUGUACUGUUUGGUCAGUCUAUCUAGAAGGCAAGUAUCCAAGUAGACAAUACCAACAGAGGUGUUGGUUAAAGGAACGUGUAAAUUCUCACUUUUAUAUCUGAGAAUCAGACAGUUCAGGCUCUUCCGGUGACAUGACCAAACUUUGUUCUGGAUCCUGUUCUCUGGUUUUCUUCUGAGCAUUGAGAGCCUUGAUGUGGCAUGAAGGAAGCAACAUCAACAUCAAAAACAUCUGCAUUAUGAAUUAUGUUUAAAUUACAUUUCGGGUAUGAGCCAAGCAUUGGGACACUUUCAGCACUUGAGGAAUUGUAAAGAUUGUUGGCUGGAUACCAAGAUGAAAAAUAGCCAGAAAAUAAAUCCGAUGAAGAACAAGGUUAUGAAGGUUAAACUGAAAGAAAGCUACACAGUUGCAUUAAUGAUGUAAGUUAGAAAGGUUGGAUGGCAAGAUAAAAGAAGCAAGUAGGAAUGGAAGGAGAAAAAAACUGAAGUUUGGACGCUCCAAACACCCGUUAGUAAUUCGGAAGUCUAACCAGCUGCAGAAGAAACAAUUAUACUUGGGUAUUGCAGAAGCCUUGAUAACAAAGGUGCUAAAUUUAUUUAAAAGAUUUUUGGAGUCGAUUUUUGGAGUUUGGGACCACCAAAAAGUGGAAAAGAGAUAAGAGAUGCUGAUAAUGUAGCAAACUGUGAAAGGAACACACAAAUAUUUAAAUCCAACACGACUUCAGUCAGCAUGGUCUUAGUGAAGUCAAGAAUUUCCAUGUAACAAGGUCAGGAAAGGAACAAAGUGCAUAGUAUAAUAUCCUUGGCACAGAAGAAUCUACAAAGUGCAUAGUAUAAUAUCCCUGGCACAAAAGAAUCUACAAGACAUACUUUAUGCUCCACAGUCUCUCAAGCUUAAGGAAACUGUCUGGAUGAUUGCUCAAAGACUAUUAAAUCAAGGAAGCACAAUUAUGAACGGACACCAGAAAGAUGAAAGAAAAAAAGUUGCUCAGAAAGCCAUUUUGCACAAUUAUUCCCAAAAGAGAAUCCUACUGUUGGGUCUUGGUUUAAGAAAUUUGAGCUUUAUAAAGUGAAACAUGACUACAGUAUAUUGCUUAUAGCUUUUCAAAUUCUCGUCCAUACAGUGAUAUUGGAGGAGGUAAGACAAGAGACCAUCAAAGUUAUGAAUGCCUAAUAACAUGACCUGAUUAUAAUCCCCAGUGUGAAUGAAAUAUCAGGUCGGUUAGUCAAGAAUGCACUACAAGAUGAAGGGGCCGUUGAGUGGGGAAGGUUUUAUCAUUUAUCUACCAGCUUUAGCAAUUGAAAAAAAAACACAUUCAAAGUGCUAUUUUAAUUUUAAUCAGGGACUCAGGUUUAGAUAGAUGAAGAGGUUUGUUUCCGCAAGGAAAGAUUAUUGAUUUAAUGUUUUAUAUUAUUAAGAUUUCUUUCUUGCUUCAGAACUUAUAAAAAAAAGCUAAUGUCAGAAGUGGUAUACAGUGUAUCAAGCGCUUGUAUACAUCUUACGAUGUGCAAAUCGUGUACCGCUUUAAGGCUUUGGUGUUUUGUAACAUAUCCUAAAAAAAAAAUAUGUGAUUGAUUGUGCAAUACUAUUUGAAAUUAACCUUAACUGGGCUACUAUCUUCUGACAACAGAUUUCCACAAAAAAUGUAUAACUACAUAUUUUUCAUAUUGUAAUUGCUGAUAUUAUGCAAAUAUGCAUUACAUAUGCAUUUAUAUCAAGGGAGUAUAGAGAGCAAACAGUAUUUCAGAUAUAUAUUAUAUAUAAUACAUGUGUUUGUCUUUUUAUCAUGUGUGUAGUGUAAAGUCUAAAUGAAACCAAUAAAAUUUAUAAAUGGGCA